AUGGCAGCGGCUGCGGCGGAGGGGGCGGUGGCGCCGGUCGCGGCGGCGAUGCGGGGGGUGCUCGCGCGGGCGGGGAGGGCGGCGGAGCGGUCGGGGCGGGCCGCGGAGGCGGUGCGGGUGGUGGCCAUCGGGAAGACCAAGCCGGUGUCGCUGCUGCGGCAGCUCUACGACGCCGGCCACCGCUGCUUCGGCGAGAACUACGUCCAGGAGUUCAUCACCAAGGCCCCGCAGCUUCCGGACGAUAUUCGGUGGCAUUUCGUCGGGCACUUGCAGAGCAACAAGGUGAAAUCGCUAGUAGCUGCUGUUCCAAAUCUUGACAUGGUUGAGGGUGUAGGUAAUGAAAAGAUUGCUAAUCAUUUGGAUCGUGCUGUCGUUAGCUUGGGGAGGGAGCCUUUAAAAGUUAUGGUGCAAGUGAACACUAGUGGAGAAGAAUCAAAAUCUGGCAUCGAUCCUUCAAGAUGCGUGGAGCUUGCAAAGCAUGUGAAGCUCGCGUGCCCAAACUUAAUAUUUUCGGGCCUCAUGACAAUAGGGAUGAAAGAUUACUCCUCAACACCAGUAAAUUUCAAGACGCUGGUGAACUGUAAGCUUGAAGUUUGCAAGGCCCUUGGGAUACCCACAGAGCAGUUCGAACUCUCAAUGGGAAUGUCUGGCGACUUUGAGCAAGCGAUAGAGCUGGGCAGCACAAAUGUAAGGGUUGGUUCGACCAUUUUUGGACCAAGGGAGUAUCCAACCCAAAAGCAGAAUCAGUAAGACUCAAUGGGGAAAAAUCUCACCUCAGUAUGCAAUACAUUCAGAUACAGGGUUGUUGUAUUUGUUCCUCAUACGGUUUUGACUGCCUGUACAAGUGUAUAUUGUGUGUAUAAUGAUAUGUAAUGAUGUAAAUGUACAUGUGAAUAUCUGAUGUGUAAAAAUGUAUAGCAGGAUAUAAGAUAUCGGAAGAAAAAUCUGGGAUAUAGUGA